UAAUUUCAUAAGAAACGCCCUCCCCAAACCCCCCCACCUCCCCCGUCCCCCUCACAACCCUCUGCGUAUUUUCCGCUUCCAGUCCCUACAUCCUCCCGACUCAUUUUUUUUUUUGGACGUGUACUCCAUGUGACCGCUGCGUUUGUGGCGUCCGAGACAAACACGACACGUCAAUCCGGGGAAAGAAGCUCGUAGCCGCGUCGGAACAUCUCGUACCCAGGACGUGACGUGCGACGCGCCGCCGCACUCAUCAAGCAAGAACUGCUGAACACGGCAGAGCACUUCACGCUCACCUCGUGGAUUUUGAUUGAAAAAAACCCCCACAAAAACAAAAAGAAGCACGAGAAAAUCACCACUGUGAUGCCCACAAGCAGAAAUGACAACUGAUCAGGAUUUUGCUAUGGGCGGGCCCUUGGCAGUGGACUUGUUUGCUGCAAAGGGCACCGAUGUAACACCUAAAAAAGACCAAGGAAUAACCAAGGUUGUCAAGCGUCAGGGGCAUGAUGGCGAGCGCCCAAUGAUUGGAGACAGAGUGACAAUCCAUUACACUGGAAGGCUCCUCACUGGGAAGAAGUUUGACUGUAGUCGAGAUCGCAAGGAGUCCUUUUCCUUCAAUGUUGGCAAGGGACAGGUCCUCAAAGCAUGGGAUAUUGGCGUGUUAUCGAUGCAGAGAGGAGAGGUGUGCAUGUUGCUGUGUAAGCCUGAGUACGCUUACGGCGCCGCUGGAAAUCCAGACAAAAUUCCUCCCAACUCGUCAGUGCAUUUUGAGAUUGAGCUGCUCAAGUUCGAGGGAGAGAAGCUUACAGAUGAUGGCGGCAUCAUACGAAGGAUAAAGGUGAAAGGGGAUGGCUACUUAAAUCCCAACGAUGGUGCAGUUGUAGAAGUACAUCUGGAGGGGAGCUGUGACGGCCGAUUGUUCGACGUCAGGGACCUCAGCUUUGUUGUCAGUGAGUCAGAGGAUGAAGGUGUUCCCCUGGGAGUGGACCGCGCCAUGGACAAAAUGCAGAAAGGAGAGUGUUGUAUCCUCCAUUUAACAAAAAUGUAUGGCUUCGGAAGCAAAGGAAAACCAGAAUUUACAAUUGGGCCAGACAAAGACAUUGUUUAUGAAGUGACACUCAAAGACUUUAAAAAGGCGAAAGAGCCAUGGGAAAUGGAGUUGCUUGAAAAGCUGAGUCUGGCUUUAGAAGUCAAACAAAAAGGGAAUCGGUAUUAUAAGGCAGGACACUACUACCAUGCAGUCAUCCAGCACCAGCGCAUCAUUUCCUGGUUUGAGAUGGAGUGCGGUAAUGGCUUGGAACAGCAGAAGCAGAUUAAUGACUUUCUGUUGGCGACCCAUCUGAAUUUAGCUUUGUGUUUCUUGCGCAUUCAAGAUUACUCACUCGUAGUGGAGAACUGCAACAAGGUAAUUGAGCUUGACGCUUCCAACGAGAAGGCCUUGUACCGCCGUGGCGAGGCCCGUCUCCUCCGAAAUGAGUUCAGCCUGGCCUUGGUGGAUUUUCAACACGUGCACCAAGUAAACCCCGCAAAUCGAGCAGCUACAAGCCAGAUUGUCAACUGCCAAAAAAAGAUGAAGGAAUAUCACGAGCUGGACAAGAGGACUUACGCAAACAUGUUCCAGAAGUUGGCUGAACAAGACGCCAAGGGUGAGAAGACAAAGAGGAAGAGCACCGUGAAUGGUGUACUGGGCAUUAAACGUCGACGAAGUCAGGACCACGUGUGAUGUCCGUGAGGAAAUAAAAAGAAGAGUGUUCAUCAGACGAGAGCCGAGGCACGCUGCAACCUCCAAUCCAAACUCCAAUAUUCCCAUUCCAAAGCAGAGUAUACAUUUCUCUUUCUGUCACACGGACAGCCUAACUGCCAGAACACACCUGUAAGUGGCUUCAAGACCGCUCAUCUUUGCCUGUUUUUCAAAUAGACAUUAUUGACCUCCAUUUUAUAUGGUUUCUAAAAUGAGAUGAGGUGUGCCUCUGCGGUCUAUGUCCACAUCUCCAAACGUGGAGAUUGCACAUCACCAUUGGCUGUUUUGGACUAAGACUUGAAUUUAACGUGCAAUUUGUUCUUUGGAUAACAUUUGUCAGUGAUGUGUGCAAAGAUGGCUUUAAACAAAAACAUUUAUCUUCUGCAAAAGUCCUUGAGGAAAAUUGAUGGAUUACUUGCGUGUCUUUGAAGGUAUUCACCUCGUAGAAUGCAUAUUUCACAAAAUGCAUAGUCUCUAUCACCUUGGGCCUAAAUCAGUUAAUACUAAAGAGAAAUAAGCACAAAUGAAAGAUGCUAAAGAUAACCAAAACAAUAUAACCUCUUUCUCUCGCAAUCCCAACAAAUUUAUUCAGUCACUACAGUGAACACUUUAAUUAAUUCAUAAGAUUACUACAGUUGAAAAAUGGCUCAACAUUUUGGGAAAAUAACUUUUCAUGGGAAUUUAGCUGUGGAAUUUUGGGCAUAUUUAGGUAUUCAAUAAUUAAAAUUGUUAUUAACAAACAUUUGAUAUCUAUUUCAAGAUGAAAAAUGUAUGCAAAUGACUGAAAAAUAACUUGUGAAUCGUAGAUAGCAAAGUUUUUUAAUAAAAAAAAAGAAAUUAACCCAAAUUAACUGACGAACAUGCAGGGUGGAAUUUGCAUUAUAGCUGCUUUUUAUAACUCAAUUUAAGGUCCCUAAAGUGCAAGUUUACAGUCUAUUCCUUUAAUUAACCAAUAUAUUUCUCUUCACCCUUCUAAUUUCCCCAAAAUUCCUAUAUACAAUUUUGAAUUUUGAAAAUCCACAAAUCCUGCCAGGGUAUGAUUCAUUUAACUAUAUAUAUUAAUCUAAGCAUGGUAUUAAAGUGUUCCAUUUAACACAUCCUAUAGCCGUUGAAUGGCAACCUGUUCCGUCAGAUAAAUGACUUCCCACCUUUGGGACUGAUAAAGAUCGUAAUAUGACUUUGAAGCAAUGACUAUAUUUUAAAAAGUCGCAGCUUUAACAAAUGAACACUGAACUUAAACUAGCGUUUCUAGGCAAACUUGUUAGAACAUUCUGCGUAUCCAGAAAAGUGGAGUUCCUAAACAAGACCAUUGGCUACAAAUAUGAACGCGUGCCCUAUACUUAAAAAGGACGGCCUUAUGCUGCCAUCAGCUUAUGUUUCUUGAGGAAAUUUUUAAGUUUUAUAAGAUUAGGCUUGCAGCAUCAUUAAAUGGUUGUUUGCUGUCUAAUAUAACACCCACUAAUGUCUAAUGUGUUUUUCCUGUCGUAAUCAUUGCAUGCUGACUGAUUGCGCCACCUUUGACGCACACAAAGAAAUGCGAAAAUUAAGUGGGGGCUUUUAAGGGAGACAUUACAUCCCAAACAGGACAAACAUAAGUAGAUAAGGGGCAGUAAAGAAGCCACUUCUGAUAAUACGAUCAAAUCAAAUUGGGAUCAUUUAGUGUUAACUGCUCCUUUAUGGAUCUAAUUUUUAUGGUGUGAAUGUUAAUAGACGACGAUACACUUAUCAAAUCAGAUGAUCUUUUGAGACAAUGAAAACAGCCAUUUCUCGCGGUCUGAGUGGUAAUAUUAAUUUUUAAAUUUACUGUACUGCUAUGGCUGCAAUUAUUUUGUGCAGUGGAUGUGAGGUUGAAGUACUCUUUCUAUUAUAAAGGCUCAUUGAUCAUCUUUGAUUUUAAAGUUUUCAGCCCAAUGAAACCCCAAAAAUAGAUUAAUAAUUGGCAAAAAUGGACAAACAAAAUAUGGUAAAAAAGCUCUUACUAAUUUGGUUUGAACGGAAGCUACGGGUUUAUCCUACACGUUUACAUGUAAACAUCAGACUUGUGUUCCGUGUUUGAAGCUGGCAUUUAUGCAAAAGAAAGACUUACAGGCAAAAAUUAUAGGUACCAUUCGUGUGAGUGUUAUGUAUUUAAUUUUUUUUUUUUUUGCACUUCAGAAAGAUUAAACAUUUGCAUUAAGGAAAAUGUGUCUUUCACGUUUGGGCUAAGCAAUGCUCAUUUAUAAAAGCCAAUGCAAUGUGGAAAGUUAAACACAAUCCUUUCCCUGACGCUGAUGUUCUAAUUUCAAAAUGCAUUUUGUUCCAGACUCAUAAAUGGUCACUAUUGUAAAACCCUCA